CGGCUCGGGGCGGAAAUGCCCUGCGCCAGUCGCUCCCCAGCCGCCAAACGCUACGCUUCCGAGCCUCCCGGGCCGCGUCAUCAGGAGAACUCCCGCGGCGAUUGGGUGGUUGGUGGGGCGGGGGCGGGACUAAGAGGGCGGAGGGGCGGAGCCUCCAUCAGGCCCCACCCCCGGCGCGGGCCCCGCUCGGCUGAGUGCCGCCCUGCCGGAGGGAACGCUGACCAUGGCUAUGACCCUGGGGUACUGGGACAUCCGGGGGGGCCCGACUUUGACAGAAGCCAGUGGCUGAACGAGAAAUUCAAGCUGGGCCUGGACUUCCCCAAUCUGCCCUACUUGAUUGACGGGACUCGCAAGCUCACCCAGAGCAAUGCCAUCCUUCGCUACAUUGCUCGCAAGCACAACCUCUGUGGGGAGACGGAGGAGGAGAAGAUCCGCGUGGACAUGCUGGAGAACGAGGUGAUGGACACGGGCAAUCAGCUGGCAAGGGUCUGCUACAGCCCUGACUUCGAGAAACAGAAGCCUGAAUACUUGAAGGCGCUCCCUGAAAAGAUGAAGCUCUUCUCUCAGUUCCUGGGGAAGAAGUCGUGGUUUGCGGGGGACAAGCUCACCUACGUGGACUUCCUGGCCUACGACGUUCUUGACCUGCACCGCACGUUCGAGCCCACGUGCCUGGAUACGUUCCCGAAUCUGAAGGACUUCAUCGCCCGCAUCGAGGGCCUGGAGAAGAUCGCUGCCUACAUGAAGUCCAGCCGCUUCCUCCCAGCACCCAUUUACACAAAGAUCGCCGUGUGGGGCAACAAGUAGUGCCCAGAAGUGCAGGGCAGGGCAUGGGUGCCAGGAGCAAUCCGGGCCUGGAGAGCAGCUGGUCCUCCCUGAACCCGCGGAACCAGCUGCCUUGUUCUUUUCUCCCUUUCCUCCCUUCACCCCCACUCAGGACCCCCCAUCCCAGUUCACCAGGACUUUAGACUCUCCAGCACCCCUGUUCCGUGAAGGCUCCCCCUGACAUUGUCCCUCUGCACAAGGCCAACCGGACUGACGUCCCUUCGGGAGUUGCUCUGUUUUGAGGAGCCCGAUUGGAGCCCUGGCCCGUGGAGGUCAGCCCUGAGCCCCCCCCCCUCUGCUCUGAGACCAGGAGUGCCUGUGCGCAGGCUCUGCUCCCGGGUGGCCCCCCGCCCAGCUGCCUGAGCCCCGGGAAGCCUGGUCACACCCGCUGUGGCCCGUCUGAUUCCCUCCUGGCCUCCGAGCUCACUCUCCAGCAGGCCCUGCUGCGCCUCGGGGUCUGCCCGGGGGAGCUGGCAGGGGCGGGUCCUUGGGGAUCUGGGUGAGACGUCUUGUUCCCAUUGCCGACAGCUUCGGAGCAGGACACGCCACGGGCUCUGGAACAUGUUCCUGUGGAGGUGGCACAACGGGCCACGGAUCACAGCGGGACUUCAAAGGCCGCCGGGGCCACUCAGACCCCAGAGCACACAUGUGUCAGGGUCCGGGCUUGGGGCCGGAAUCCGUGGGCCUGGACCGCUGAGGGUCUGCCAGGCCCACACUGCGGUCCUGCGGGGAGUCCCCAGGCUCCCGACGGAGCUCCCCACCCCACAGGCAGCUGGGCCCUCAGCGGCCACCUCUUCCCGCUGCACUCCCCCCCCCCCCCCAGCACCCCCUCACACGCCCUGUGUGACCCCGUGCUCCGGGUUCUGAUCCGGUUAGCAUCGGGGAUGCCUAGGACAGUUCUGGGGCUGCGCUCAAUACCCGGCCUCUCGGCAGGGGCUGGUUCUGGAUUUUCAUCAACAACUGCACCCAUAAAGCCGAAUGAUUAAUUUUCA